CGGUUUGUGUCGCAUUCCGCAUUCCCCAGAACUCCGUGCCUGACACGCAUGCCAGACGAUGAUAGCAGCUCUGGCUUGUCUAGUGAGGAGCCCGGCGCUGCUGUCAGCCCUGAGGUUGCAAAGCCCCGGCCACAGUGGGAGGCGGAGGUCACUCCGCCCCAUGCGGUCCCAGACGUCCUGCCAAAGAGGGGCCGGCGCAACAGCGUGGACAUCCUCGUGUCCAAGGCCAAGUCCGGGGCGCAGGCGAUCUCAGGCUUGGCCGUCGCUGACCCCCAAAUGGAGGAGAAGAAGAGAAAGAAGCGCUUUUCAGAGGCUUGGGCGGAGCCACAAAACGUGAUUGCCUCACACCUGAGCAGCAUGCAGAAUGGCUGCGGCUCCUGCAUUGUCAUGAAGGAGACUAACCCUUUGCGCAAGUUCUGGAGCUUUGUGGUGGGCAUUUUGCUGCUCUACACAGGCACAGUUUUCCCCUACAAGCUGGCCUUCAUCGAAUUUUACAUUGGUCACACUGAGGAGCAAGAGGCGGCCUCCGCGGCUGCCUGGGCACCGCUGGAGCAAACGAUUGACCUGCUCUUUUGGAUCGACCUGUUCCUCAUCUUCGUGUUCAGUUACAAGGACGAGAAGACACAGGUUGAGGUCUGCGACCUCAAGGUGAUCGGAUGCCGCUAUAUCAAAGGAUUCUUUUUCGUGAACUUUUUGGCCUGCGUACCACCCUCCUGGUUUAGUGUCCUCUUUGGCAGUUCCGAUGGCGGGGAGUCCUCGUUGAACAAAGGCCUUCGUCUGUCAAGGUUGCACCGCACGUCUCGUCUGGCAAGGUUAGCCCGACUUGGGCGACUUGCCAAGCUGGCACCCUUCCUCCAUGAGAGCGCCACCUGGAAAUAUAUCCAGGGCUUCAGAGGGGUGCGCAUGAUGAACCUUUGCGUGGGCCUCAUGUGGGUGGUGCACCUCAUGGCCUGUGGAUGGUAUCUAUGUGCUGCACUGCAUGAAAACCCGGAGGACACUUGGGUCGGUCGACGCCAAGUGUCCAACGACGGGAAUGACCUUUUGCUCGGGAAGGAGCCGGAAGUUCAAUGGGUGCAUGCGCUGUACUUUGUUCUCACCAUUUUCACCACCGUGGGUUUUGGCGACAUGUCCGCCCUCACCACCGGGGAGACUCUCUAUGUCGACUUCGCCAUGAUUGUGGGAACUGUGGUGAAUUCCAUCAUCAUGUCCGAGGUUAUUACCACCCUGACCGGUGUGGACAGGGCCCAAGCCGAGCUGAACAAGAGGUAUGGCCUGAUCAAGGAGUUCAGCGAGCACGCGCGGCUCAGCGUGAAGGUCACCACGGCCUUCGAGAAAGCGGUGCAGCGUGCCUCACAUGCCGGAGAGAUGCGUGUGGAUCCCUCUUUGAUGAAGUCCUUCUUUGUCACGGACACUUUGCCACGGGACCUGAUGAUAGAGUUGACGAAAGAUGCCUUCGGAGGAAUGCUGCUUCGCAACGAGAUGUUGGUGGGCGUCGAGUGCCAUGGCGUUCCGCUCCCGACACGGCUCCCGCUAAUCUUGGCCGCCGUGAUGCAUCCGAAGAUCUUCCAGUUCCAGGAGGUGGUGUAUCAGAACGCAGAUCAGCCGGUGCACAUCUAUCUGGUUCUGCGCGGCACCCUGGCCUUUGUGGGAUCUCCGGCGCCCAACGGGGGCCUGGCGCCCUUCACCGUCUCCGAGGUCCAUUCCGCGCUGCACAUUGGCAAGCGCCAUCUGCCUUUGGCGGACAGCCGCCCGCCCUCUUCCAGCCAGUUGGGAGACAGCGAGGGAAUUUUGUCGGAGACUCCGAACCAGCAGGUUCUCUACCCAUACAAGCUCUUCGGAGUCCGCAGCUACUUGGGAGAGUACGAGCCCUUUGCGGAUCUGCCAGCGCGGGUAUCCUACGCGCGGGUGGAGUCGGAGAUGGGCGCGGAAGCGCUGGUGCUGCACAAGAAAGACCUACUGGAGCUUAAAAGCGAAUUUCCCGCCUGCGCGGCCAUCUGGAUCAAGGUGGCGCGGCGCAAGGAGUGGCACAGAGGCCAGCUGUUGGAAUCGCUGACAGUCCCACGCAGCUACAAGAAACUGGCGCUGCACACGAUUCAGUCCUUCUACCGAACACGCUUCGGCAGGAGGAAGGAAAAGAACGAUCUCCGAACUUCAGCCCACUGCAUCAUCGUCCCGCCCAGCAUUUGUGAGAUGCGAGUUCCCUCGGUGUCACAGGAAAUGCCAAAUGCGGAGUUGCAGAAGCUGAGAGGCAAAGUGGAGGUAAUGGACCAGAGGAUGCUAGAGAUGCAAACGACCCUGGACGCCAUCAUGGAGGAGCUGAAAUCACACCGACCAUCAUAGAGUGCAUGCGUCUCACAUGGCGCGCGAGUCUCGCACGAGUCUCUGGCGUUGAAAGGGCAAAAGGGUCAGCAGGACGAAAGAAAACGAGACA